GCCGAGCUCUUUCACAAUGCAAUGUGCUUAUAGAACAUUGCUGUGUUCUCUCUCUCUCUCUCUCUGUCUCUCUCUCUCUCUCUCUCUCUCUCUCUCUCUCUCUCUGUGUGAGGCAGGCAGGGCAGCAGAGCGGUGAACUCAGUGUGUUCUCACAUCUGUAUUGGGCAGGCUGGUGAGUGUGUGAGAGAGUACUGAGCAGGGAUGAGCACCAGACAGUGAGGAAGAGAACGACAGAGGAGUACAAAAAAGGAGUGCAGCUAGAGUCGGAUGCUGUGGUGAACGAGAGCUUGCAUACCUCUCUCUCUCCCUCCAUCUCACUCAGUCUGUCUCCCCCACUCCCAUGCUGUUGUGAUAGACAGCACGGCACUCUCGGCUUGGCUGCAUGGAGGCACAGGGAGGGGCAGGGAGCCCAGAGCCCAAUAAAGACAUCCAGAAGUUGCUGAAGCCCUCCAGCUCAGGGGACCUUUCCAAGGAGUUGUACCAUCACCCAGUGGGGGAAGAGGAGGGAGGGCUCCCAGGACACACCGCUGGCCUGCUGCACGUCACCGAGAGGAGACGUGAGUACCGGGAGCCUCUGAGCAGUGUGUCCUCCCUGGAGGUGCACUUUGACCUUCUGGACCUGACAGAGCUAACCGACAUGUCUGACCAGGAGCUGGCUGAGGUGUUUGCUGACUCUGAUGAGGAGAACCACAACGAGUCCCCAGCAGGCCACCACCAGCCACCCUUGCCCAGAGGAGGUUACAUGCGCUCCCCAUCGUGGACCCGUUGCAGCAAGGCUGAGCACCCCAGGGAGAGGAAGCACCACAGCGACUCCGACACCACCGCAGGGCCCUUAAUGAAGCUGGAGAGGCCUAAGCAGCCCUGAGAGCCUGUGGGUCUCGGAAAGAGAGAGGCCCAGAGCGGAAACACCGGGAACGGACACCGAGACCACACCAACUGCCCCAACCCCUGGUCCGGGCACUGAGACAACCAUGGUGCUGAAGACACUACUGACAGACUGAGCUCUUGAUGCUGUGCACUGUAUUAUAAACUUAAGAUGAAACGAUGUCUGUGAGUGAAAUACACACAGACACACACACACACAUGCAAACACACACAAAAUGACACACGGAUAUCGGCAAAAUCACACACACGUACACACAUGCUAUUUAUUGUGUUUUCCAUGCAAGGGGUUCCACUGGCACAAACACUGGAGGGCCAGUGUGCUUUUUGAGGCUUUGUUUGGGAUGAACAACAGGGUAUAAGGCUGUCCCAGUGUGGGGAGAAUGCUUGGCUAAAAGCCUCCCCAUCCCUGCAGCAUCUUAGGGGUGGGAGAGUAGGCUUGGAGGGGUGGGACGGACCCUGAAAUCUGUGACAACCUCGGCUACAAAAUAUCAUGUGGCGAAGUUAACGAGAAUACCCACUCCAGUCAAAUAAAUGACUGGAAUAUGGACAUCAUUAUGCGAUAGUACAGCAGGCAAUCUGGAAGUCUUCUUUGUAAUUAGAAUAAGAGUCCAACCUGAAUCUAUUGCACAAUGUUCUUCCUUAAGGUGCCAGGGCCAUCUGCUCUCUGAAUGACUUUCUGCAGGCUUUCUGUAGGUUGUAACUAACAGGAAGCAAAGGGCAGUGUUUCAGUGGGGCCACUCUCCAUCACUCUCUUUUCUUCCCAUCCUCUCCCUUCUACCUCUCUCUACCUGAGAGGAAACCGGUGUGGCCACAGUAAACCAAAUGUAUUUGCAGAUAUGAUAUUAUGAGAUACGACAGCAGCCCUUCUCAGCAACAUUACAUUCAACACUGUGGAUCUUGUCCUUUGUCAAACCAAGUGAUGUGGGGAUGGGUGGUGAGAAAAAUAAAGAAUUUCAUGCAAACAAAGUUAAUUUUCUCUGUGGGGGACUUUUGCAUUCGAGCACUAACCAAACAUUGUGCAGCUGUAGGUUGUCUGAUAGGGUAUUAUGAACAGCAGUCUGAGCCUUUCAUUAUUUAUGCUCAACAGACCAAACAAACAAACUCUCUCGAAUUCCUGCCAGGGACACUGGAAAAAAAACAGCAUCAGCAACAUGAAAACAGUUCAAUUGAAACCACAUUGAAAUACUUCAGAGUACACACUUAAUCACACAGUGGACAGAGAAGUAUUGAAUAGCCAAAAUGUUUAAAUGUUCAAAGGAAUAACUUUAAUUUAUUCUUGUCAGCUUCGCCAAAAUUAAUGGGCUCUGGCAGCUCUGUAGAGGUUUAAAAUGUCUGCUUUUGAAAUGGUGACUGCAGGUUCCUAACUGAGCAGAUAGAGGGCAGAACAGAAUAAAGUGGGGAAUGCAGAUGGACUUACAGUAUACAGUCAUACACAUAUCCAUAAACAGCUUUAUACCAUGCAUUGUUGAAUACUCGUUUCUGAUUGGCUUGAAGUACAUUCUAGAGUGUGCAUUGUUUCAGUGAUAAUGCCCAAGAAGCUGGUGUUUGGAGGAUAUAUUGGUACAGGUGCUGUUAGGCCCGAGACGAAGUGGAGGGCCGGCAAAUCGUGCCAAUAUAUCCUCUAAACACCGGCUUCUUGGGCAUUAUCACUUGUAUACAACGGGUCAACAACAUAUUAUGGGCUCUCCAGAGGGUGGUGUGGCCUGCACAACGCAUCACCAGGGGAAAACUACCUGCCCUCCAGAACACCUACAGCACCCGACGUCACAGGAAGGCCAAAAAGAUCAUUAAGGACAACAGCCACCCGAGCAACUGCCUGGUCACCCCAAUAUCGUCCAGAAGGAGAGGUCAGUACAGGUGCAUCAAAGCUGGGACCGAGAGACUGAAAAACAGCUUCUAUCUCAAGGCCAUCAGACUAUUAAACAGCCACCACUAACACAGACAGGCUGCUGCCUACAUACAGACUUGAAAUCAUUGGCCACUCUAAUAAAUGGAUCACUAGUCACUUUAUUAAUGCAACUAUAAUGAUGUUUAAAUAUCUUGCAUUACUCAUCUCAUAUGUAUAUACUGUAUUUUACACCAUCUACUGCAUCUUGCCUGUGCCACUCAGUCAUAUAUUUAUAUGUACAUAUUCUCAUUCCAUCCCUUUACUUAGAUUUGUGUGUAUUAGGUAGUUGUUGUGGAAUUGUUAGAUAUUACUUGUUAGAUAUUGCUGCACUGUCGGAACUAGAAGCACAAGCAUUUCGCUACACUCGGAAUAACAUCUGCUAACCAUGUGUAUGUGACCAA